CAAUUUCUAGUCUACCUCCUACGUGCCAUUCGUUUCGCUUCCUCGUGUUCGAAGCUGCGCAAGCUAUAGUGUCGUUUGGCCUGCUGUAGGGAGUGCAGCUGCCGCUGUCAAUGGGAAUCCAUGUCCGCUGCUGUGCUCGGUUUCAGGCGGGUUAUCCUUCGCGGGGCACCAAAACCAUCCCACUUUCACUUGAACAGCUGUGCACGCCAUCGACCAUUGAGCGUGACAACGAGACGAGCGCCGACUUCACGAUAUCCGAAUCCCGUAAACGCCGCUCGAUCGUCUAAAUUCGCUGCACUCUUGCAUUCCUUCCCACCGGCCCUCGCCAGUCGAUUUUGUUCCAGUCACGCCUCUAGCACCCUCGUCAAGAUGGCUUCCGAUCGAGACAUCCUUUCGGACCAUGUCAAACCAAUCAACUAUGCCAUAUCGCUGACAGAUUUGGCUGCUGGCGAGCCAUGGACCUACCAAGGCAAAGUCGACAUCGAAGUCGAAGUCAAGAAGUCCACAAAGUCCAUCACACUCAACACCCAUGAGCUCAAGGUGCACUCUGCCGAGCUGGUCACAGACUCAGGCAAGCACUCUUCAGCUGUCAAGGCUUCCGACAUUUCCUACGAUACGAAGCAUCAGCGAUGUACCUUCACAUUCGAUCAAGAGCUGGCACAAUCACCAAGAGCGGUUCUCUCGAUUGCGUUUGAAGGCGUAAUGAACAAUCACAUGGCUGGGUUCUACAGAUCAAAGUACAAGCCUACAGUGCCAGCAUCGCAGGGUGUGGCAAGGGACUCGGAAUGGCACUACAUGUUUUCGACACAAUUCGAGUCCAGCGACGCUCGCAGGGCAUUCCCAUGCUUCGACGAGCCAAACCUCAAGGCAACCUUCGACUUUGAAAUUGAGAUUCCUGAGGACUUGGUUGCGUUGAGCAACAUGCCAGAGAAAGAGACUCGUAAGAGCAAGGAUGGCCACAAGAUUGUUAGCUUCGACAGAACACCUAUCAUGUCAACGUACCUCUUAGCGUGGGCAAUGGGAAACUUCGAGUACAUCGAAGACUUCACGAGGCGGAAGUACAAUGGUAAGAGUCUGCCAGUCAGAGUAUACACCACCAAAGGCCUGAAACAGCAGGGUCAGCUGGCUCUGGAGAGUGCACACCAAGUCGUGGACUACUUUUCGGAGAUUUUCGAGAUCGACUACCCGCUGCCGAAGGUAGACUUACUCGCGGUUCAUGAAUUUUCACACGGUGCCAUGGAGAAUUGGGGCCUCAUCACAUACAGAACGACCGCGGUCCUCUUCGAUGAAAAGAACUCGGAUCAAAAAUACCGAAACCGGGUUGUUUACGUCGUAGCUCACGAAUUGGCCCACCAAUGGUUCGGCAACCUCGUAACGAUGGAUUGGUGGUCAGAGCUCUGGUUGAACGAAGGUUUUGCGACUUUUGUAGGCUGGUAUGCCGUCGACCAUCUCCAUCCUGACUGGAACGUGGACGCGCAAUUCGUCACCGAAGGCAUGCAAAUGGCCUUCCAGCUGGACAGUCUGAGAACCAGUCACCCUAUUGAAGUCCCGGUACGAAACGCGCUGGAAGUUGAUCAGAUCUUUGAUCACAUCAGCUAUUUGAAGGGCAGCUCUGUCAUUCGCAUGCUUGCAUCGCACCUGGGACACAAGACGUUCUUCAAAGGCGUGGCAGACUAUCUCAAAGCUAACAAGUACUCAAAUGCCACCACCAACGAUCUCUGGUCAGCACUUAGCAAGGCCUCUGGGCAGGACGUCACGGGGUUCAUGGAUCCCUGGGUCCGUAAGAUCGGCUUCCCUGUAGUCACUGUGGCGGAAGAGCCAGGUCAGAUCAGCGUCCAACAAUCGCGCUUCCUGUCAGCCGGCGAUGUCAAGCCCGAGGAGGACACAACUACCUGGUGGAUUCCGCUUGGGCUCAAGACUGGACCACAAGCCACGGAUGCCAAGCGUGAUGCAUUGACUGCCAGAGAAGACACAUAUCGUGACAUUGACACGAGCUUCUACAAGGUCAACGGAAAUCAGACAGGCUUUUAUCGCACAAACCUCCCUCCACCACGCCUGGUGGAGUUGUCAAAACAUCUUGACAAGCUAUCUAUCCAAGAUCGGAUUGGUUUGGUGGGAGACGCAGGUGCCCUGGCUGUUUCUGGUCACGGAACGACCUCGGCCGUGCUGUCUUUCAUCGAAGGCUUCCAUGUAGAAACCAACUACCUUGUUUGGAGCGAGGUGCUGACCACCCUCGGGAAAAUUCGACGCAUUUUUGCUUCUGAUGACGAAGUAUCUCAAGGUCUUAGAGCGUACACCCUGAAGCUGGUGUCUGCCGCCACUGAAAAGAUCGGCUGGACGUUUGCGCCCAACGACGACUUUCUCACUGGACAGCUGCGUGCUCUGCUCAUCUCCUCUGCAGGCCUUGCAGGCCAUGAAUCCAUUGUGGCAGAAGCCACAAAACAGUUCGACGCCUUCGUCGGCGGCGAUGCCCAAGCCAUUCACCCAUCACUUAGAGCUGCUGUCUUCAAGAUUGCGAUCAAGAACCAAGGCGAACAGGCCUACAGAGCCGUGCAGAAAGAGUUCUUGAACACCAAGUCCAUCGACGGCCGCGAAAUUACCCUUGCAUCCAUGGGCUCGGUGCCGACCAAGGAGCUCGCCAACGAUUACCUCAAAUUCGCAUUCGCUGGCAACGUGGCAAUUCAGGAUCUCCACACUGUCGGUGCAUCGCUGGCGAACAACUCCAAAGUACGCAGCACUGUUUGGGAGUACAUUAAGGCAGAGUGGCCUGCUAUCCGUGAGAAGCUCGGCGGAAACAUGGUCGUGCUGGAACGAUUCCUCCGCAUGUCUCUGCAGCGCUUUGCAGAUGCGAAGGUUGAGCAGGACAUUGCACAAUUUUUCGGCGAUAAAGACAACACCGGCUACGACCGAGGAUUGGCAGUUGUCUCCGACACAAUCAAGGGAAGUGCCCAAUACAAGGAGCGCGAUCUCGAGAACACGCGGGAAUGGUUGAAGGCGCACAACUACAUCAAGUAGGCAUUGUGAUCGCCACAAAGGUAUCAUGAAGGCGUUAGCCGGCGUAGUGCCACGGCUGUGUUUGUCAAAUGAUUCGGGAGAGAUGGCGGCAUUCCCGCUUCCCUGUUUCCCGGUCCUUCUGGCGGCACAAUGUCGUUUGCACACAUCUGGACGCUGGUGGGCUUAGAAGCCCUAUUUGCACAGAAAAACAAGAGGCUGAAUGCGAA